UAAUUGAUAUAACUUUUUAUUUUACAAUAGUGGUAACAACUCGUCAAGCUAAAAACUUGAUCGAUGCUGGUGUGGAUGGACUUCGUGUUGGUAUGGGUUCAGGAUCCAUUUGCAUUACUCAAGAAGUCAUGGCUUGUGGUCGAUCCCAAGCAUCUGCUGUUUAUAAAGUAGCUCAAUAUGCUAGCAAAUUUGGAGUACCAAUCAUUGCUGAUGGUGGUAUCUCUUCUGUUGGACAUAUCAUUAAAGCUCUUGCUCUGGGUGCAUCAUGUGUUAUGAUGGGAUCCAUGUUAGCUGGAACAACAGAAGCACCCGGUGAAUAUUAUUUUUCAAAUGGUGUUCGUUUGAAGAAAUAUCGAGGUAUGGGUUCAUUAGAUGCCAUGGAAUCUAAAGAUGGAACUGGAAGUCGUCAAAGAUAUUUCCAAGGGUAAAUGAUUUUUAUAUUUAUCUUUUUUAAUCUAUUUUUGCUAAUCAGAAUUUCAUGUUCUUUAUUUUCUUCAUUGUCAUUUCUGCACAAGUUGAAGGUGGUCAUGGACUUUACUCAUUUGAAAAGCGACUUUAUUAGAAGCCAAACCACAAGAAAAGUCAAAAUAUACUUGAAAUUAUCAAAAUCGUUAACCUAAAGUCAUUCCAUGAAAUCAUAUUUUUCGUCCCUUUUCUCACAAUUUUCAAAGUCGAGAAAAAAUUGAAAUCGUUGUCUUUUAGCAAAUCAUGUCACAAAAUGCUGUCUUUCUAAAGUUAACUUUUCUUCGUUUAUA